CCAAAAGGCGGUCCAGCGAGCGAGCAGAAGGCUGCCACCCAGGCGCGGGGCCUAGCUUCCGCAGCGCGCCGGGGCGGGCACACUCCGCCUAGCGCGCCGCCGUCCGCUUCCUUGAAGCGCCCUGUCAGUCUGCAGCCGGCGAUCGCGCGUGCGGUGCACGCUGUGCGGCGUCGCGGCACAGCACCGCCGCAGCGCAGAGCCGCAGCGCAGGGCGGCUGGGCGCGCACACGGACCCACGACGACCGCCGCUCACCAGCAUGCACCGUCGGGGCAGCCAGCCACGGCGUGCUCAGUUCCCGCCGCUCGCGCGCAGGUCAGCCGGCGAUGGCAAAGGCAUCGUCGUCGACAGAAGCAGACCUCAAAUCGAUGACCAUCUCCGGCAGCGAUGCGCGCGGCGGGGCGAGCAGUAGUAACGGCGGAGCGGACCCUCCGUCGCGCUGGGUCUUUGUCAAUGAGCGUGUCAUCGGCAACGGCUCCUUUGGCGUCGUCUACCGGGCGCACGUCAAGCAGAAUGACAAGGAGGUGGCCAUCAAGAAGGUGCUCCAGGACAAGCGCUUCAAGAACCGCGAGCUCCAGAUCAUGAAGAUGCUCGACAACCACGUCAACGUGACGACGCUCCACCACUUCUUCUACACCGAGGGGGAGAAGGCAGAUGACACGUACCUCAACCUUGUGAUGGACUUUGUGCCCGAGACUGUGUACGGACUCUCGCGCCACUACGCAAAGGCCAAGAAGGUCUUCCCGCUGCUGCACCUGAAGCUGUACGUGUACCAGCUUUGCCGCUCGCUCGCCUACAUCCACUCCCUCGGCGUCUGCCACCGCGACAUCAAGCCGCAGAACCUGCUCGUCGACCCGACGAGCCACGUGCUCAAGCUGUGCGACUUUGGGAGCGCAAAGAUCCUGGUCAAGGGGGAGCCAAACGUGUCGUACAUCUGCUCGCGCUACUACCGCGCGCCGGAGCUCAUCUUUGGCGCCACCGACUACAGCUGCUGCAUCGACGUCUGGUCCGCGGGCUGCGUGCUCGCCGAGCUGCUCUUGGGCGUGCCCCUCUUUCCGGGCGAGUCUGGCGUCGACCAGCUGGUCGAGAUCAUCAAGGUGCUGGGCACGCCGACGCUCGACGAGAUCCAGUCGAUGAACCAAAACUACACGGAGUACAAGUUCCCGCAGGUCAAGCCGCACCCGUGGGCAAAGGCGCGCCGCCCUCCUCCCCCCUCGGCCGCCGACCGCGCGCCAGUCUCCCGCCUCACCACGCCGGCCGCGCGCGAGCAGGUCUUCCGACCGCGCACGCCGCCGGACGCCAUCGAGCUCGUCAGCUCGUUCCUCCGGUACGCCCCCGACACGCGUGCCAAGCCCCUCGACGGCUGCGCGAUGCCCUUCUUCGACGAGCUGCGCGCGCCCGACCUGUGCAUACCGCCGAGCAAUCGGCCGCCGCCGCCGCUCUUCGACUUCAAGCCGCAGGAGCUCUUCGAGCACGCGCCCGGCAUCAAGCACCGACUGGUGCCAGAGUGGUACGCGAAGCGGCAGCAGCAGCAGUCCUAGGCGCGCGCGGUCUUCAUCCCGCGUUUGGCGCAGGCAGCCGGGCCACUGGCGCCGCGAGUCAAAACUUGCGCACAUGCAUGCGCUGUGCAGAGCGAGGCCAAGGGAUGGUAGCUUAAGGAAGCGGAAUUCCUCUCUCUCUGCGACACAUCGCGGCGGGUUCGUCGCUCUUGAGGCCGCCGGAAGCGCCGCGCACACAUCGUAGCUCCCACUGUGAGUCGGGUUUAUCGUCGUGGGGUAGCGUCGGUGCCCAUUGUUGUUGAGUAGAAAAUAUGGAAGGUAAAGUG